AUGCCUAUUAAAACGAGGCAUACACAAAGACGGUGUAGCGUACGACGUUCAUUUCGCACUCGCCCAUCAAAUCAAACUGCCGUCAUUUGUGUUGAUCAUCCUGAUGUCCAGCUAUUUCAUGAUGACUCGUGGGAUGACGAUUUUGCUUUGAGAUCUCCAGCACCAAGAAAACCGCGAAAACCGAGGCCAGUUCCAGAAGAGAUAAUCGAAGAAGAUGAAGAGGAGUCUGACGGAGUUGGUGACAGGAAUAAUGAUGAGAACAUGCCUCCUAAUACAAUCGAUGGUAACCGAUCCGCUAUCGAAAGGAUGAACGCAGAGUUCGCGGAAGCAGAAGAGUACUCGUUAUAUAUAGAAAACGAAGACGGAGUUCGGCUUAAAGCUAUUGGAAAUCAAUUAGUUGAAUAUGAUAAAUACGAUGGUCCCAAAACAACAGCUCAUGUAUUUCCUAAAAGAAACACCCCAUCCCCUCCAGAUCAAGCCCAGAUUGACUUAAAUAAUCAUCUGUUGCGGAAAGCUGUAUGGACAUAUUUGCGUGGAUGUACUCCAAGAAGGAAGAGAAGUGAAUUUGAUUUUCUGCUUUAG